CAGCAUCCCAUGGCCAACAACGACAGAGGUAGCAACCUAAAUCGUUGUUACAUUGAUUUUGAACCUUAUUGCAAGUGGCGAAGAAACGAGAAGAUCAAACGAGAUAAUUCAAGAGACGGGAAGAUCAAACAAGAUUUAGGAGACAUUCUUGAAGUCCAUCUCCAAGGAUUCAAAAGGAAAGAACUGAAGGCUUCAGUUCAUGGGAAAACCUUGAAACUCACCGGAGAAACCGAACAGGAUGAGAAUACAUGGAGAAGAUUUUCUAAAGAAGUCGAUAUUUCCAAGGGUUAUCAGACAGACAAGAUAAAAGCAAAGUUUUCUGGUGGUGUUCUUUCCUUGACAAUGCCUAAGAAAGUUCCUUUGUUGAGGCAGGCAUUGGAACAGCUUGGCCAAGAGGGUUUCCUUUGGAAGAUGGAAAUGAGCAUGAAGAAGUUGGUGACAAUAGCAGCAUUAGCAGUUUUUCUUGGAAUGGCUGUUGCUUAUCUUGCAUCCAUCUCUUCUUCUCGCCAACGUGUUUAAGGUUUGGCUGAUAUAGCCAUUUCAAUGCUCAACCGAAUAUUUUAUCAUAUUGAAUGUACAAAUAACAAAAUAAUUCAUCUUGUUUAAUAAAUUUGAUAAAUUUAUCUUCAACUUCGAUCAUUUUAG